UGUCUGCUAUGGGGAGACAGGGUGCUGAUCCCAAGCACUCUGCAAUGGCGGACGUUGGAGACCCUGCACAAGGGGCAUCCGGGCAUCGUCCGCAUGAAGGCCCUGGCACGGAGUUAUGUCUGGUGGCCCUCCAUGGACAGAGACAUUGAACAAUGGGUCUCCAGAUGUGACCCGUGCCAAGAAGUUCGCCCAGCGCCGCCGCAAUCCGAAGUCGCGAAGUGGGAGACCCCCAGCAACCCCUGGUCGAGGAUCCACAUUGACUUCGCAGGUCCGAUGCAAGGGCGACACCUCCUCAUUGUGGUAGAUGCCUUCUCCAAAUGGCUCGAGGUGGUGCCCAUGGCAUCUACCACAACAGAUGCAACGAUCCGAGCCCUGCGCCACCUCUUUGCCACACAUGGUCUACCGGAUGUGCUGGUCUCAGACAACGGCCCCCAGCUCACAUCCCUGGCAAUGGAGUCUUUCCUGGCAGGACUGGGCAUCCGCCACGCCCUGUCCGCCCCUUACAGGCCGGCCGGAAACGGACAAGCUGAACGCAUGGUCCGACUGACCAAAGAGGCCCUCACCAAGAUGGGCCAGGGGGACUGGCAAGAGCGCAUAGACAAUUUCCUCCUCACCCAGCACAUCACGCCACACGCCACCACCCACAAGAGCCCGGCCGAACUGUUGAUGGGCAGAAGGUUGAGGUCACCAUUGGACCGGCUGCACCCCCAAUACAGCCCGGAAGUGACCGCAACCGCCAGCCGCCCGCAUUAA